AUGUGCAUCCACACCUGUGGCCAGUGCCUGCUGCUGAUUCUCUGCAUUCUUUUGCCGCCGCUGGCCGUUCUGAUUCACGGAGGUUGCGACAUCAACUUCUGCAUCAACAUUCUGUUCACGCUGCUCGGUGGUAUUCCUGCCCGCCGGCACCGCCGUCCGUCGCUAUUAGGAGCUGAUCUCCACAUCCAUGAGAUGAAUCCCCGCCAGCAACACACGUGUCAACGC